AAUGGCUAAUUCUAAAUGGAAUGCUGGUGAUUUAACAAUGGGGAUAUGUGGAGGGUUAUAUGCGUAUAGCGGUUGGGAUAUUUUAAAUUAUGGAACAGAUGAAAUUGAUAGACCAAGAAGAAAUGCACCUUUGGCUUUGCUUAGCGGGAUAUUAAUUGUCUUCUUGGCCUAUUUUUGUAUUAAUAUAGCUUAUUUUGCUGUAUUGGAUGUGGAGACAAUGAAAUCAAGUAAUGCUGUAGCUGCGUCAGCCCUAGCUGUAGCAAUUUCUUUUGUUGGGGAUUUGGAUGCACUUAUUGGUUAUGUUAUGUUUGGAUUUUGGGCGCAACGAAUUUUUACACUCUGUGCUCUUCUAGUUAUUAGACAUCACAAUAUUCCUGUACAUCCGGAUUGUAUUAGAAUACCUCUACCCUUAAUUUAUUUAUUUUUGGCAAUAAGUGUAGCUUUAGUUGCUGUGCCUAUAUGGAGAGAAUUUGCUAUAACUUCUCUAGGAAUUUGUAUUUGUUUAAUUGGUUUUGCUUUUUAUUUAUUAUUUUCUAAUUAUUCAAAAAGUAGAGAAACAAAAAUGCUUUCUGCUUUAAAUGAAAAAUCAACAUUUUUUGCCCAAUUAAUAUUUAAUGCAGAACCAACAAUUAAACACCAACCAUUUAUUUCUAAUAGGCAACCUUCACUUUUAUUAUGUUCAGAUUCUCAAAGGGAAUUAUUAAUUAUUGAAUCUGAUAGACUUGAAAUUGUUGAUGGAGAGACUGAAGAUUUAUCUAAUUCCACUACUGUUGAUUUACACUCUGACGAAAAGAACACACUUAUUCGAAAUAGCAGUUCUAGUGGUUUAAGAAUGUGGUGA